CAUAAAACUAAUCCAGUUUUCUUUGUUUCAGAUACUAUGGUCAAGAAAAAGAGUACAAUGUCCUUGUUAUGGAUCUUUUGGGUCCCUCCCUCGAAGACUUAUUCAAUUUUUGUUCACGUCGUUUCACAAUCAAAACAGUCCUCAUGCUUGCAGAUCAAAUGAUAGGUCGUAUAGAAUAUGUUCACUGUAAAUCGUUUAUUCACCGUGAUAUAAAACCCGAUAAUUUUUUAAUGGGAAUUGGUAGACAUUGCAACAAAUUGUUCCUCAUCGACUUCGGUUUGGCGAAGAAAUAUAGAGAUGCACGGACUAGGUGUCACAUCGCAUAUCGCGAAGAUAAAAAUCUUACCGGAACGGCGAGAUACGCGUCCAUCAAUGCACAUCUUGGCAUCGAACAGUCGCGCAGAGACGAUAUGGAAAGUCUCGGUUAUGUAUUAAUGUAUUUCAAUAGAGGCUGUUUACCAUGGCAAGGUUUAAAAGCAGCCACAAAGAAACAGAAGUACGAAAAAAUCAGCGAAAAGAAAAUGUCCACACCCGUCGAAGUAUUGUGCAAGGGUUUCCCCGCCGAAUUUUCUAUGUAUCUAAAUUAUUGUCGCGGUCUUCGAUUCGAAGAGGCACCAGAUUACAUGUAUUUAAGACAAUUAUUUCGUAUACUGUUCCGUACUUUAAAUCAUCAGUAUGACUACACUUUUGACUGGACGAUGUUAAAACAGAAAGGUGCCAGCAUGACUGGCGCUGUCGGAACAUCUGCGCAACCUCAAACCUCACAAGCUAUCACUCAACAACAACCUGGCAAUCGCUAACCAUUUCUACAAAUCCAAAUUGAAACAUAACAUCACCAAAUGGAUUAAAAAUAAAACCAACAGAGUUGCGUAACGGUCGGUUAGAUUGUCUUAUGACACGUUUUUUAAAUUCACAAAUAUUGUAUAACAAAUGAGUUAUUCUUAUUUCAUUCGUCCGUUCCAACGGAUUGUAAAAAAUACAAAAACUUAAAAAAUAUAUAGGGGUGUGCACUAAUUUUGUUCGCAAAGUGCUUAGGCUCCGUGUAUGUAUGUUUGUAUGAUUUAGUGUGCAAAUUGCAAGUUGUGUCUGCAAGUCUGGCUGUUCUAUAUUUAAUAAGAACUGUAGAAUAAGAAUUAUAUAAGAUUUUCAUUCGGAUCAAAUAAUCGAGUACUUUAACGUCAAUUUAGUUUGUUUAGUACAUAAUUGUUAUAAAAAUUUUAACGUUCUCGUCUCCUUCAAUUAAUACAGAACCAAAGGAGCAUUUGAGACGCUACGUUGUAAAAUGUUAUGUGAUUAUCAGACCUAGAAUAUUAAAAUUUUUAUUUUAUAAUGUAGCGUACAAUUCUAAACUAUUAGUGAGGUUACUGUAUUUGCUUAUUUCACUCGAACUGAACAUGUAAAGUGAUUGAUACUGCUCGACACGUGGUUUAUUAUUAGUUAUUUUAAAUUAUAAUUUCGCCUAGGAUUUUUUUUAUUUCAACCACUUUGUGUCGCAGUAGUGUGCAAUUAUUUACAGGUAUCACCUUCAUUCAAAGGUGCUCUGUCCAAUUCGAAAGUUCAGUCCAAUUUAAUUGUAUAGAACACCUUUUAUUCACAAUAUUAACGCAAAACCAUAAGUAGUAUAAUAAAUCAUCGUUGAGGAAUUAAUUUUACGUAUUCUCUCUCUGCGUUCAUCCGUUUAAUUAAAUCAUACAAUUUUUAUAGUACACAUGUAUUUGUAAAAUCGAUAUACAAAUGUAAAUUACUCUUCCCUUAGCUGCAAACUUAAAAUAAGGUACUGCCAUGGGUAUAUAUUUGAGAAAAUAAAACAACUCAUUAUGGACUUUUAAUGUCAAACUCGAUGUCUGAUUAAUAUAAACAUUGUCGGCCAACAUGUAAAGAUUUAGUUUGUGGGUAUAUUUCGUUUAUACGAUACGUUUAGUAACAUUAUUACAAUAGUUUGAGGCUUAAGCCUGUUGUAUCUAAGUUUGAUAACAGUGUUCGACAUUUGUAAUGGAACUGUUAUAACAGAAAUAAAAUUUAAAAUAUUUA